GCAUUCUCUUCCUCUUCGUCCCUCUUCCUCUUCCAUUAGCGGGACCAGCGCCAGGAGAAAGCGCAGAAGGAACCCAGCUAUUCUAGGCACCGCAGGGUCCUGCGCACCCCAGGUACUCGGACUUCCAGAGCUCACCCCUAAAACGGCUACAGGCUCAUCAAGGGGGUUUAGAUGCUCGGGGGUUGUUCAUUCCUGUUCUUUAAACGUCCCCAUCUAACUUAGAGGAGGAUCUGUUUUGUGUAACGCUUGUUGUCUGUGGUCAUCCCUUUGCUUUUAUACCACUGUCUGCUAUCACACACUUACAAACAAACACGCACGUACACCGUCCCUGACAUUAUUAAAAGGAAGUUUUGGCGUCUCUGACUCAACAGUUUGGAAAAAUUUAUGUUGUCUUCCAGAGCACACCAGUAACCUUGUUUUAAAAAUUAAAUAUCCUUGGAGUGGGCAGAUCUUUAGAGGGACGGGAGAAAGAGCUACGAGCAUGUUCACAAUUAAAUGUGAGCAAAUUAAAACAUAGAGAACACUUCAUAGAACUUCAGGAAAACAAAACCAUUUAAAACAAACAAAAACAGACCACCAGUAACUGGUAACAUUCCUACCUUACUUCAGGGUUAUUGGGACAAUGAGUGUGAUAGCCGCACAUCCAGCAUAGGUCCCAGCAGUGACAUUAGCUACUUCUCUCCAGAGAAGGUGACCAUGCGUCACCCAAGGUCUUGUGAAGGAAAAUGCCUAUAGUAUAUUAAGAUGCUGUUUUAAUGCAAGAAAAAGGAAGAAUAUUAUUUAAUUUGCUCUGAAAUGUUUUCUAUUUUUCUCCCCUUUUUCAUAUGAUAGAUAAAUGGCAAGCAAAAAGCGAGGAGAAGCCCAGUUGCAGAUGGUCAUCAAUAAUCAAAGCCUGUGGGAUGAGAUGUUGCUGAACAAAGGCUUAACAGUGAUCGACGUUUACCAAGCCUGGUGCGGACCUUGCAAAGCAAUGCAAACUUUAUUCAGAAAACUGAAAAAUGAGCUGAAUGAAGAUGAAAUUCUGCAUUUUGCUGUCGCAGAAGCUGACAGCGUUGUGACUUUGCAGCCAUUUAGAGAUAAAUGUGAACCUGUUUUUCUCUUUAGUCUUGAUGGCAAAAUUAUUUCAAAGGUUAAGGGUGCAAACGCACCACUUGUUAAUGAAAAAGUUAUUCAGCUCAUCAACGAGGAAAGGAAAAUUGCAACAGGUGAAAUGGUUCGCCCUCAGUACCAUGAAAUUAUGUUUGCAGACUCAGAUACAGAAGAUGCUGGGGAAGGACAAGAUGAAAAUGCUGAUGAACAAUACACUAUUGCUAUUAUCAAACCAGAUGCUGUGCUUAGUGGAAAAGCUCAAGAAAUUAUAGAAAAAAUUACAAAGGCAGGAUUUAUCGUGGAAGCCAAGGAUAAGAGAAGGCUCACUGAAGAAGAUGUUAGGGACUUCUAUAGUCAAAUGGCAGACCAGCCUGACUUUGAAGAUUUUGUCUCAUUUAUGACAACUGGCAUAAGCUUUAUUCUAGUUAUCUCUCAAGGAAAUAAUCAACAGGCUCACUUUGAAGAACAGGAAUCUGAACUACAGACCCAACUUGAAGAACCAUCUGAAGACCACCCUGAGGUUGAAGAUACGGACACAUCUGCAGAGAUAAAGAAGAAGCAAGACAGUUUAGAAGAUUAUCUGGAAAGACAACAUAUAUCUCAGUUUUGUGAUGUUGAAGAUAAUUCAAUUAAUGUUGAUAAGUUCAUUGACAUCUUCUUCCCUGAUUUUAAAAAAAUGAAAAGCAUGAAAUUGGAAAAGAUACUGGCAUUAAUUAGACCAGACCUCUUUAAAGAAAAUAAAAAGGAUGUUUUGGAAAUUAUUGAAAAUGAAGGCUUUAAAAUUCUGAUGCAAAGACAAAUAGUAUUAUCAGAAGAGGAAGCACAAAUGCUCUGCAAGGAGUAUGAAAAUGAAGACUUUUUUGAGAAUCUUAUAGAGAACAUGACCAGUGGUCCAUCUCUAGCCCUUGUUUUACUAAGAGACAAUGGUUUGAAGCACUGGAAAGACUUACUGGGACCAAAGUUUGUUGAAGAAGCCAGCAAACAUGAUCCAGAGAGUUUAUGUGCACAGUUUGCAAAGGAAAGUUUGCCUAUCAACCAGUUGUAUGGAAGUGGUUCACUGGAAGCUGCUGAAAAGGAAAUACAGCAUUUCUUUCCUCCUCAAAGCACGUUAGCACUGAUUAAACCUCAUGUAUCCUAUGAAAAUAAAGAUGAUAUCUUGAAGAUUAUUAAGGAGGCUGGAUUUGAGGUGACACAUAUGAAGGAAACACUCCUAACUCAGGAGUUAGCAGACUGCAUUUAUAUGAGUAUAAAAACAAAAGACUUUUAUAAAAAUGUAUUGGAAAUGUUAUUUGAAGGCCCAUCUGUGAUCAUGGUCCUGACCAAGUGGAAUGCUAUUUCUGAAUGGAGAAGACUGAUGGGACCCACAGACCCAGAAGAAGCAAGACUACUGUCCCCAGACUCCAUCCGAGCCCGUUUUGGAAUGAGUGUUUUGCACAACGCUGUCCAUGGAGCAUCGAAUGCCUUUAUGGCAGAAGAGAGCAUUAGAAAACUGUUUGGAGAGCUCUGUCCUGAGAAUCCUGAGGAAAACUAAAAGCUUUGAGAAGAUAAUACAUAAAUUCACAUCAACAUGUAAUCAUGUGGCACAGCUUCUUGGGAGGAAGAUUGAGAAGGACAUUCUUUGAAGGGAAACUCAACAGCAUCUCAAGUUAAAAACCUCCAAGUGCAAAACACAUGACUAAGCAUAAUACAAUAAUAAAAAUGUUACCCCCAAACAAAUCCCGUAUGUUCGUUUUUAGCCUAUCUUCCAGAAAGGAGUCGAGAGGGCGUAAAUAAAUGCAUGGGAGAUAACCAUAAAAUAAAUGGGCAGCAACAUGUAAUACAGGGAAUAAGAGAAUAGAAUAGAUAAAUGAAUCCAGGAGUGGGUUAGAUGCAGCAUGCAUACCGCAGGCCCUAAUGCACCAUUUAGAGAUUGAACAAAAAUUUGACUCUGAGCUUUGCAGCAGAAAACUCUGAAAAGGUGACACAUAGAGUUACAUAAUUUGCUAUCUAACUAUAGGACAGUGCAGGCUAUGCACCUAGCUCCCUGAUGGUAAGAUGAUGCAUAUCUCUCCAGGGCUGGGCCAUCCUAAUAAAAGCCAAAGUUGUUUCUUUUUGUGUUUUUUACCCAUCAGGACAUAAUUUUAAUCAUGUUUCCUGCAGUGAUACACUCUUAUGUUAAUAAAACUAGUUGCCAUCAAGUCAAUUCCUACUCAUGGUGACCCUGUGUGUGUCGGAUUAGAACUGUGCUCCAUAGA